AUGCUAUUGAGACGGUCAAAAAGUCUUAAUAACGAAGAAAUACUUGAGCUGAAUCUAGAGAUUGAACGAACGUGCCGUGCAAAUAGAGCGAGAAGAAGACAAGACACAGCUGAAAACAUGAACGGACUAGUUAAUCCCAAUCAAGAGCAAAGGCUACGUGAUAUUCAAAGGCCAACGGUUACUGCAAACCCGUCAUGUAUCCGUUUGAGUGAAGCAGCAAGGAACUAUGAGCUCAAAACUUUCCAUCUCAAUAUGCUGCCUCAGUUUAAUGGAACGGCUACUGAAGACUCACUAGCUUUUAUCAGAGAUUUCUAUGGAGACGCGAAACAGUGGCUGUUAAACCAGCCAGAAGGUGUUUUUCUCACAUGGGAGGAUGUCUACAAUGAAUUCAUGCUGAGGUUCUACUCAUCCCAAAAGACCAUGGAUCUCAGGGCAAAAAUUUGCAACUUUGUGCAGCGAGAUCCAGAGUCGUUUCAUGAAGCAUGGGAAAGGUUUAAGCUACUCUUGACUCAGUGCCCUCAUCACCAAGUGCCGAAAAAUUUGCUGACUCAGUUUUUCUAUGAUGGCCUAAAUGUUACUUGUCAAACGCUAGUUGACACAGCUUCUGGAGGUUAUUAUGGAGAUACAACAGCUGCAGAACUCAUGAAAACCUCUGAGAAGUUGGCAAUGAAUUCAAGGCAGAAGGCAAUCAGAGGAAAAAGGGCAGGAGUAUAUGAAAUCAAUUCUCAUUAUGAUCUCUCAGCACAAAUGGCUGAUUUAACCAAGCAAGUCAAGAUGCUUAUAGACAGAGAUACUUCCAAUCAAGAGUCAUGCGCCUUUUGUGGGAUGUUUGGACACAAUGCAAAUGUGUGCUCAAACAUUGGAUCGACACCACCAAACAGUGAGGAAGCAAAUUUCAUGGGAGCCUUCCAGGGUAGACAAGUCAAGAAUGAUACUUUCUCAAACACUUAUAACCCUGGAUGGCACAACCACCCAAAUUUCUCAUGGAGGGAUCAAGGAGCGAAUAGGCAAGCACCACCUCCGGGAUUUCAGCAACAAAGACAAGUUCUCCCACCUCAACAACAGAAUAUUCCAGACAGGAAACCGUCUGUAGAAGAGAUGUUAUCUCAGUUCUUAGCGACUCAAGAUACCACUAUUAAGAAGAUGGAUGCGAAAAUUGACCAGUUGGCACAGUCAAGUCAAGCAUCAAUUCACAAAUUAGAGUUGCAGCUGGGCCAAUUGACACGAACUGUUGCUGAACGUGAACAAGGCAAACUCCCUAGUAAUACUGAGAAUAAUCCAAGAGAGGUGGUUAUGGCCAUUAGUCUAGGGAGCGAAACUCGGGCAGGAGAUGGAAGCAAAGGCAGGAAAGUAAUUGAGAUUGUCAACGAUAGAGACGACAAGAAAGAGAGUGACCACGAUGUAAAGCAAGGGAAUGAUCUUGAUAGGAAAGUGGUGGCUGAUCCUUCACUCAAACCUUAUGUUCCACCUAUUCCAUAUCCACAAAGGCUUAAGAAGAAAACUACUAGCAAUAAUUUUCAGCACUUUCUUAAUGCCUUUAAAAAUAUUGAGCUUAAUAUUCCUAUUUUGCAGGCCCUUGCUAAGAUGCCUUCCUAUGCCAAGUUCUUAAAAGAACUAGUUUCCAACAAGAGCAAGGUAGAGGAGUACGCCACCGUAGCUUUAACUGAAGAAUACAGUGCCAUACUUCAAAAGAAGCUACCACCUAAGCUUAAGGACCCAGGGAGUUUUUCUAUUCCUUGUGUUAUUGGUGAUAUCACUAUCUCUAAAUGUUUGUGUGACCUUGGUGCUAGUGUGAAUAUUAUGCCUGCAUCUUUUUAUAAUAGGCUUGGCAUGAAAGAAAUGAAGCCCACAACUGUGUCUCUACAAUUGGCCGAUCGAUCGAUCAAAUACCCUUUAGGCAUUGUAGAAGACUUAUUUGUGCGAGUGGGCAAGUUUUAUUUUCCUGCAGAUUUUCUUGUUUUAGAAACAGAGGAUGAAAAUGGUAUAUCUAUGAUUUUAGGUAGACCAUUUUUAGCUACAGGAGGUGUGUUGAUUGAUGUUGUUAAAGGUAAGCUUACCUUUAGGAUGGGGAGUGGAAAAGAAGAAUUGAAUAUUCUUAAAGCCAUGGAACAUCCAUCACUUGAUGGUUCUUGUUUUAGUGUCGAUAUUAUUGACCAUACUGUUUCACAUAUUGUUGAACAGGAAUCGUUCAAGGAGCUAUUAGAAGCAUAUCAAUGA